UCCUGUUAAGGUUGAUCAUUUUUACACGUGUCUUUAAAAAAAACUACAGUUCUUAUGCAAUUUGUUCAUAUGCAACUUCUAUAAAGAAGUGGGGGCAAUUGUGAAAAAAAUAAAACUAUCAAGUUUUGCUACUAGCAAAUCAGUAGAAUUACUUUUUUUAAGGGUCCUUCCCCAAUCUCCUGAAAACACACCAUAAAAUUUGCUGCCAGAAUCAUUUAGAAAUAAAGUUGUCCUUUUUACAGGUCUUUUAUAAGCUGUUUUUGUUCUUUAACAAAUAAAAAACGACGCAAUUGUCCCCUACAAAAUAGCUGAGGUUUUACUUGAACAAAAAUCUGUUUGGAAAUGUUAAGCUGGUUACACAGAACUAAUAUGCCUCAAGGUGGUCAUUCUCUCUGGAUUAAAGCUGUGGAACAAUCGUGGCUCCUGUUACAAGGAAAAUUACAAUGGACCAUUAUGAAAAGGAACAAAAAUCUCUGUUCCCAGAGGGGGGACUGACAAGCUGAAAGUCCUCCUCUAAAAGCCAACACAAAAGCCUGAUUGCCUCAUAUUGUUUGUUUAUGUAAAUCAAAAGGGUGUCAUUAAUUGUGUAAGUGGAACUGCUGAGCACCAAAGGAGGUGGUGAUUGGCUAGAUUCUUGCUCAUGGACUUUGGGCAAAUCUGACAAAUCCUGUGGCAUUUAUUCUAAACUCUCUGGACACCAUUAGGAAAUAAAUCGGUUAUUCUGUACUGGAGUGAAUAAUCUGCAUUUUUAGAGCUAUAGUUGGAACUAUAGGACUUGAAGGCAAGAGAAGACAUCUUAUCGAGGAGCUGCUCACUCAGUUUCCCCAAAGUUCUCUCCAGAUUGAACUCCAGUGUACAUCAUGACAGAUGUUCCUGCAACAUUUACUGGGGCUGAGUGUAAUGGGGAUAGCCCCCGGGAACAUGAUCAACAACGUAUCACUAAGAUCAGUGAUGACGUGACUGAUGUGGACUACAGGGUUGAGCCCAGUGGUGAAGAUUUCCACACCAAAGGAAAUGAGGGAGAAGAUGGAAAAUCACAAGGAAACAUGCUGCUUGACUCAUCCAUAGAUGAGAAGAUCCUGAAAGAAAACCCAGAAGAGAACCUCUUUAUUGUUCAUAAGGCUAUCACAGAUCUUUCUCUUCAAGAAACAACUGCUGAUGAAAUGACAUUCAGGAAAGGACCUCAGUGGGAGAAGAUUCCUUUGAGCAGCACCGGUAACCAGGAGAUAAGCAGAACCGUGGACGGGAUUACUGAACAACCUCUAGAGGAGACAGAUGCCGAGAGUAAGAGCAAAGCUCACUCAGCAACAGAAAUUGAAUGGUUGGGAUUUCGGAGACCUAGCCAAGUUGUUGUAUUGCAUUCUAAACAAGAGGAGGAGGAAGAGGUUUGGGAUGAAGAAACUAACGAUGAUAAUUGCAAUGAUGAUGAAGAUGAGGUCAGAGUGAUAGAAUUUAAGAAAAAGCACGAAAAGAGUCCUCAAUUCAAAGACGAAGGUGAUGUAAGUGAGGACUCUCCACUAAGCAGCCCUAGUUCACAACCUGUGACACCUGAUGAGCCGCCAACAUUGGGAAAGAAGGGUGAUAUCUCUAGAAAUGCUUAUUCAAGAUAUAAUACGAUAUCCUACCGGAAAAUCAGGAAGGGAAACACCAAGCAAAGAAUUGAUGAAUUUGAGUCUAUGAUGCAUUUGUAACCUAACUGGAACUGACAACUUCUCCUUCUUGCUAAAACAAAAGCUAAUUUUAUUCUGAAGUAAAUCUUUCCAUAUCUUAUUUGAGUUAUCCCCUUGAAAGUUGUGCAAGCUUGCAGGAUUUUUCACUAUACAACAAUGUGGAAAUAACCUUACACAGAGUUCGAUCUGGUCACUUCAAGUAAUAAAAAAACCAACUUUAGAUUAAUUCUUAGGCAUUGGCUUUUUAAAACUUCACUAAUACUCCAUUACUGUAAUAAGCAUUAAAGAGACAGCCCCACUGGGAAAUCUGGCAUAGUGUGGUUUAAAAUGCAGUACUUAACAAGAGGCAAUGAUGUGAAAUGACUCCUAUUUUUCUGGUGUUUUUCUUCCUGCAUAUUGCGGAUGAAAAACCUGGCAUUAAAUCUCUAUUACUUUCAAACAUGGAUUUGUGUACUCUUUCAUCAAACUUCCAAAUCUGUACCUUUCAUAUUACCUAUCAUAAAAAACAUUCUAAAGGAUUUUCGUUGGCAACUUCUGAGUGGAAAUUCUGCAGGCCUCCUUCCUAGGUGUAACAUUCACGGAAGUGUCUCGCUAGAGGGGCUGUCAGUCAGGAGGGCUCUGCUAAAUGCUGGCUUUAUGCGUUCAAACAGAAUGAAGCUCAUUGUGAGGUCACCAUAGGGAGGGGCUGGAAGACUGGUGGGCAACAGGCGUGAGGGUUAUAUUGGUUCGUUUUAUUUCUGUGGCUGAGGACAACAUCUUGUCUAGCAAAUUAAAUCAUCAAAGAAUGACAGUUUUAAUAGUAUUUUAAGAAAGUACCAUUCUCUAUCACUGCACUUUUUCUUAUUAACAGUAGCUCAGAAUAAUUUUCUUUCCUUAGAAAUCUGAGACAAUGCUAAUCAUAAGUGUGCUAGUUACUAUGAAAAUGAAAAUAAUUAUCUGAGAAUACUUUCAAAGUAGGGUGUGAGCAUAUAUUUUUAGUGAGAAAACUGAUACUUGUUGGGAAUAUAUAAUUUGCUGGUCCUUGGCCCACAUCAAGAAACUUAAAAUUGUACUUGUGGAGCCUCACAAAAACCAACAUGUCAAAUAAUGUAUUGAAUAUUUAUGAAAAGAGUCUAUAUUUAUAUUCUUAGAGAGUUUGUUCCAUAACUUUUCAUUUCAUGCUUCCAUAUAUAUCACCCUGAACUUUCUGUUACCACAGAUAAAAAUAUCUUUUGCCUCUGCAAAUAAAAAGACAAUUCCUUAUUGUCUGAAUGUAAUACAGUCUUCAUUGUACUAUUCAGCCCUUUGUUUAUUUCUUUUUCAUUUUGUGAAAAAGCCUGGGUUAGUCCUUCUUAGGUUAUUGCUUAUUUAUGUGUAACAAAUCCACAUAUUCUAGUAUGUGGCAACUUCUUUGAUUCUUCUUGGUUAUAUGAUAUCGUAUCAUGUACCAUUAUUUAGUGUUUAUAAGACUCAGUUUUGUAUUCAGGAUUAACAUACUCUUUUUGUUCUUUUAAAGGGAUAGCUUACUACCUGAUCAUAUGAAAGGUGUUACCCUUUAUUAUAAGGUAUGGUAUACCCUUUACUAAGGGUGAGGGUUUACCCUUAAACUAUAGAACCUGAAGAUUUCAUUUGGUAUAAUGUGAGCUUUUAGAGUAAAGUGAGGGAAAUCGGGUCUUUAUUGAUAAAGUUAGGUCAGAGAUUGAUUCACUAGGAUAAUUUCCUGUUUAAUUUAGAUCUUCUAAAUCUUUCUUUCUGGGCCAGGGAUAUAGCUCAAUGGCACAAGCACCUGCCUGGCAAGCACAAGGUCCUGAGUUUGAGUCCUGGUACAAAAAAAAUCUUUCUAUCUGGACAACCUAUUUUCUGGGUUACUGAUGAUGCCUAUAAUUUUCUAAUUAACAUCAGAGCACCAUAUUGUGCCAUCUAUCAUAUAACAGAGCCACAUUAUUAACUCACCUUAAGACAGCCUAUGCUUUAAGUUAUUCCAGUAGAUGGUGUGAGUCCUGUGGAGCUUGAGUAAGAUGAGAGAAACAUGGCUCUCUGAUUUGGCAAAGCAAUUGGUUUUUAUGGGGCUCCAAUGUAUACAAUGCAUAGUAAUCCCAUUUUUUUAAAGCUUUGUCCUCUCACCAGGUAAUUAACCAAUAAUGAAAAGUUUAUCAACAGGUGUGGUGUUGCAUGCCUGUAAUCUCAGCACUUGGGAGGCUGAGGCAGGAGGAUGGCCACAAGUUCUAGGCCAGCCUGAACUACAUAGUGAGUUCAAAGCUAACCUGAGCUACUUAGGGAGACCCUUUCUCAAAAAUAAAACGUAUACUGUUUUAUCAACAAAAACUAUUUUGAGGUAUGGUCAAUUGGUAAAUGCUCCGUGUUCAUGGAUGAAGUGAUACAGUUGUGCAAGAGUGCCUAUGCCAUUCUUUGAUGUUGCUGAGCCUUGUCCUAAAGUGCACCAUACACCAAGGUCACAGUGUUAAGGGACUCGGAGCAAUGUGAGGUGAUGCCUGUCUGCUUGAGCUUCUGUGCCUAGGAGGACAAAGGUCUCCAUCAGAUGGCAUUAAAAUAUGUGAGAAAUGACUGAGAACAAAAAAUUAGUAACUGUAUAUGAAGAUUUUCUGAGAUUUUGUGAUUCAAGCUUCAGAGUGAUCAGGACUCUGGUACCUGGUAGCAAAGGAAGAUGAUUUAUGGUGUGAAUGCUGAUAUUUACGAUAUGAUUUUUAAUUUUUUGUUGCCAGAUGUAUAAGAAUUAAUAACUUUAUUUCUCUGUAAAUAUGAAAUCUACCUUUUAUAAACUGCUGCAUUUGAAGGCACAGAAUUUGCUAGAACCUAGCACUAUCUCUUCCUGACAUGUAUAUAUAUAUUAACAAUUUAAAUGAAGAAUUGUUGUGCCUGACUUGCUCUCAAUAAAAGUUGAUGUUUUGUUUCUA